AAAAUUCAUAUUCAUUUUGGAAUACAGUCACUCACACCCUACACAGACAAGAAACAAGCCGGUGGGAGUGGAUAAGUGGUAAAACUUGAGAAAGAUGGCCACUCUAUCGUAGUGGGGAUUUGGGUUUCCCGUUGACAAUUGAGUGGCAGUACUAUUUUCCCUUAUUGUUCGGCUAUGGCCGCCUCUCAUCAGCAGCUUGGCCACCUCUUGACGCCGACGACGAUUCAAAUCAACGGCUGCGGCGGGUUUCCCACCAGUUGUUUCAGCAAUAACAUCUCCAACUCUCCUUUAAAAUACCCUCGUUUUCCCUCUCAUACUUCCACCUGUCCUCUGAAUUUUAUGCCCCAAGGGUCUCGUCCUACUAUCAGAUGCCAAUCAACUAGUACUGAUGGACCAAAAACAAGGAACCUUCUUGACAAUGCAAGCAAUCUUCUUACCAAUUUUUUAAGUGGGGGAAGCUUAGGAUCUAUGCCAGUUGCUGAAGGUGCGGUUUCUGAUCUCUUUGGUCGACCUCUUUUCUUGGCACUAUAUGAUUGGUUUUUAGAGCAUGGCUCAGUGUAUAAACUUGCUUUUGGACCAAAAGCAUUUGUUGUUGUAUCAGAUCCUGUAGUUGCAAGACAUAUUCUUCGUGAAAAUGCAUUUUCCUAUGACAAGGGAGUUCUUGCUGAUAUUCUAGAACCAAUAAUGGGAAAAGGACUUAUACCUGCUGAUCUAGACACCUGGAAACCAAGAAGACGAGUUAUUGCUCCUGGAUUUCAUGCCUUGUACUUGGAAUCAAUGGUUAAAGUAUUUACAAAUUGUUCUGGAAGAACUAUAUCCAAAUUUGAGGAGCUUCUGGAGAGGGAAGGCUUGCAAGGAGGGGAGGCAAUUGAGUUGAAUCUCGAAGCAGAAUUUUCAAGUUUGGCACUUGAUAUUAUUGGUCUUGGUGUUUUCAACUAUGACUUUGGUUCGGUCACAAAAGAGUCUCCAAUAAUUAAGGCAGUAUAUGGUACACUUUUCGAAGCUGAGCAUCGCUCGACUUUCUACGUACCAUAUUGGAAAUUUCCUUUGGCAAGAUGGUUAGUUCCCAGGCAGCGAAAGUUCCAGAAGGACCUUAAGGACAUCAAUGACUGUCUUGAUGGUCUCAUUAGAAAUGCGAAAGAGACAAGACAGGAAACAGAUGUUGAGAAACUGCAACAAAGGGACUACUCGAAUCUUAAGGAUGCAAGUCUCCUGCGAUUUUUAGUUGAUAUGAGAGGAGCUGAUGUUGAUGAUUGUCAGCUAAGGGAUGACUUGAUGACAAUGCUUAUUGCUGGGCAUGAAACAACAGCUGCUGUGCUUACUUGGGCUGUUUUCCUUCUAGUACAAAAUCCUUCUAAAAUGAAGAAAGCUCAAGCAGAGAUUGACACGGUGCUUGGUCAGGGGAGACCAACUUUCGAUUCACUUAAGAAACUAGAGUUCAUCAGACUAAUUGUUGUGGAGAGUCUACGUUUGUUUCCGCAGCCUCCAUUGCUCAUCAGACGUUCUCUUAAGCCAGAUUCAUUGCCAGGAGGACAUAAGGGUAAAAAGGACGGGUAUGCGAUUCCUGCUGGAACCGAUAUCUUCGUUUCUGUUUAUAAUCUCCAUAGAUCUCCAUAUUUCUGGGACAAGCCCCAUGAAUUUGAACCGGAGAGAUUUCUUGCUCAAAGAAAUAGUGAAGGCAUUGAAGGGUGGGCUGGCUUUGAUCCAUCUCGAAGCCCUGGAGCAUUAUACCCAAACGAGAUUAUAUCAGAUUUUGCCUUCUUGCCUUUCGGUGGAGGGCCAAGAAAAUGCGUUGGGGACCAAUUUGCACUGAUGGAAUCCACAGUUGCAUUGGCAAUGUUGUUACAGAAGUUUGACGUCGAGCUGAAAGGACCUCCAGAAUCCGUAGAGCAAGUUACCGGGGCAACAAUCCACACGAAGAAUGGACUGUGGUGCAGAGUGAAGAAGAGAUCCGAUGUUCAUUGAAGCAGAAUUGGCAAAAGACUUCGCAUUGCAUACGCAAUACUUGUACCUAUUGUCUGUAAUUGUGUCAUUCUUUUCCCGGAAAAUCACCUGUGCUUGUGUUGUACUAUUCGAUGAGCGUAAAAGAUGUAUAAAUUAGUCCUGAUGACAGAAUUAGAGCUGCAGAAACGUUGGUAAAGAAGCAAUGAGACGAUAAUGGGCAAGGUUGGAUUCAAAUGCAUAGAUUCAGAAUAUUUCGAAGAAAA